AAAUAACAAAGUGUUAAUUACGCUUUCCCAAACAAGAAUCCAAUAUCUUGAAAUUAUACAUACGGAAUAACAAGCUUUCGACAUGAUAGCCUUAUUGACCGUGCGAGCGAUAGAGGGAAGGGGAGGGAAUCACAUUCGAAAGUGCAUAUCGCGCAUAGUGGUGAAACAUAGAGAUUUAUCUGCCGCUACUUCGAAGAGAACAAAAAUGAGUAAGCUUACACCAGAGGAAAGAGAGCAGAAUUUGAAUCCUUUGCUCUCAUCAGGAUGGACUGUUCAGUCGGAUAGAGAUGCAAUCUAUAAGGAGUUUGUAUUUAAGAAUUUUAAUGAGGCUUUUGGAUUUAUGACAAGAGUGGCCUUACAGGCUGAGAAGAUGGAUCAUCAUCCUGAAUGGUUCAAUGUUUAUAAUAAAGUGAAUAUUACUUUAUCUUCUCAUGAUGUAAAUGGCUUGUCACAAAGGGAUGUGAAACUGGCUACUUUUAUAGACAAGGUUGCUGGCAAAUAAAACUCACUUGGCUUAUCUAUUAUGACCAAUCGAAGCAUUA